CACAAGUUUAAAGUCUCGUGAAACAUCUUAGAGAUAACUUGGUCUUUAAAGUAUCGUGGAUAAAUAAUUGUUUCACGUCAUAUACUCUUUAUUGUGAUAGAUCUAUUGCAUUUGUAUGACGUGGCAACCUUAUGUAUUUAUAUAUCUUUACGUAUUUAUUUGAUGUCUGUUAUUUCGACAUUGUUAGUCCUCGAUCAUCUCUUGAAGCGGGAAAGUUAUUACAGAUACCACAAUAUUGAUAUGGCAUUUCUAAGACUGUUAUUUUAUGGCGGUCUCAUAUUUAUCACCGCGAUAGCUUUUCCUAUCGAUGAAAAUCCGAGAAGAUCCUUGAUUGGAUUAAAUUAUCAUUUUGAUAAUGUCGUGCCGGCACAUUACGAUGUCAAGCUAAUAGCACAUUUUAAAGAAGAUCAAGAAAGAGAUGAAAUAUUUGAAUCGUAUAAAACAGAUAUAGAAAAGUAUCAAGUAAAAGGUAGCAUCGUCUUCUACGGCGAAUUGAAAGUUGCUAUCAAUAUUUUUCAUUCAACUAAAAAAAUAAGAUUAAGUUCAAUGAAAUCAAUACACCAUUUAUACGGAGAUUUAAUGAAAAAGGAUACUAUGGUUGUUAAAUAUUUAGUAGACAGUUUUAAAUAUGAAGCUGCAACACGAACUUGCGUUCUUCAUUUCAAUGUUGAGUUACCAUGUGGAAGUUACAUACUGAAUAUAAAAUUUCUCAAUGCAAUUAAUAACACAGAAAACAUUAUAAUUCCUUUGAAGAAUGGACUCCAAAAUGAAUCUGUACAAUAUGCGUGGUCGGAAGCAACACAUUUUCAGGGGAUUGGAGCCCGACAAUUAUUUCCAUGUUGGGACAAGCCAACAAUGAAGGCCACAUUCAAUAUUUCCAUAAAGCAUCAUCGUAAAUACAAAGUUUUUUCAAAUAUGCCGAUACAAAAAGAGGAAAUAUAUAAACAAUAUAAAACGGAAACACAUAUGAACUGGACAUACUUUAACGUCACUCCUGCAAUAUCCACUCAUACCGUGAUGCUUGUGAUCACGCCAAUAACUACUCUUGACCAUUUUCGCAUGGGUAAUAUCAUUAUAUGGUAUAGACCUGGACUGUACUGGCAUAUUAAAUAUGCUCAAAAAAUUGCACAUAUAAUAAUGUUACAAAUGGAAAUCAAAUGGGGAAACUUAAAGAUUCCAAUAGUGCAAUUUGUCGCAAUUUGUGGUUUGCUAUACGAAAAUCAGAACUGGGGACUAGUGUUAAAUAGAGAAACAAAUAUUAUGUACGAUAAAAAUCUACAUUCUGUUGCGCAUAAAAUAAAUAUCGCGCGGUUGAUAGGACGAGAAAUAACAUAUCAAUGGUUUGGUAAUUUAGUCGAUCCAUUAUGGUUAAUCGAUGGCCUUAGUAUGUUGUUUGGGAUAGAUACCCUUAAUUCUAUCGAGGAUUAUAGACAUUCCGAAAUGUUAGAUUUAUUUAUAGUGCAGGUUCAAUUUGAUUCUCUUCGUUUGGACACUCUUCCUUUCAUAAAGCCUGUUAUAGCGGAAGAUAAUCACUCCGAAAUUUCUUUUUUUUCCCAUUAUAUUAAAGCACCAUUAAUAUUGCGUAUGCUGCAGUACCUAAUUACCGAUGAAGUGUUUCGGGAAAGUGUUUACUUAUAUCUUCAUAAACAUGUGCUUAAUUCGACAACUCCCGAUGAUUUCUGGACCGUUAUGAAAACUGCUAUAGAUGAAGCAUAUGAUAAUCCCUAUAUUGAAGAAUACAUGCCUCCUUUAAAAACGAUGGUGUAUAAUUGUUGGAUCAGUUGUAUCGGUUAUCCUGUGUUAGAAAUAACGCGAGAUUAUUAUAAAAAUAGUAUGAAAAUAGCAAUAUACAAGAAUAUAAAAAAUUGCGAUACAUUUGAAGAUCUUUUCUGGAUACCUGUGACUUAUACUACGCAGAAUGAAACAAACUUUAGGAAUCUUAAACAUCCACUUUAUGACCAAAGAUUAAUAGUUAUGCGGUCAGACAAGCCGUCUAAACACGUUAUUAUAAAUGAAACUGGUUGGGUGAUAUUCAAUUUACAACAAGCUGGAUACUAUCGCGUUAAUUAUGAUCCCGAAAACUGGCAAAAAAUUGCAAAAUAUUUGAAUUCUAAAGAAUUUACGAAAAUACAUGUUCUUAAUCGUGCUAAAAUUAUCGACGACGCAUUUUAUUUUAUGGUAAAGCACCAACUCGAUUCUUCUAUAUUCUGGAAAUUAACAAACUAUCUUACACGAGAGACAAAUUAUAUAGCUUGGUAUCCUAUGAUUAAAGUUUUUGAAUACAUGUCGAGCGUCUUUCCACUUCCAAAUGAAGGAGUCCAAAAUAUUAAGGACAAAAUAACAAGAAUGUUGCGCUUUCUAUUGCGGAACAUAAAUUACGAAGAAGAUUCUGAGGAAAAUGAUCUUACUAAAUGUUUAAGGCAAGAAGCCAUUAAAUGGGCAUGUAUUCUUAAUGAUUUGAACUGUCAGAUGGUAGCUCAUGAUAGAUUGUUAGAGCGUAUUCAAAUGCUGAAAACAAAUAAACUUUUGCCAUGGUGGGAAGAAUGGAUAUACUGUAAAGGUUUAAUGUUAGCAAACAGUCUAGUGAUUUGGCAAGGUGUCAUAAACAUUUCAACUUUAGAGAACAAAGGAGACAGAUUUUCAGAAUUUUUAGCUUGCGCUCCAAGUAAUUUCAUAAACAAAUCUUUAGAAAUUCUAUUCGAAGAUAAUGAAUAUUUGAAUUCAAUGGAAGUCAGAAGACGUAUUAAUAGUUUUUGUUUAAUUAUUGCAAAGCAUGCAAAACACCAUAAUGUGCUUUCAAAUAUAUUAAAAAAUUUCUAUACAUUGAAGCCACGGGGUACGGAUGGGAUUGCACUAUUUAUUGCUAUUGUUAAUCAUGUGUACUCUAAGGAACAAUUAGACAAGAUUAGAGAAAAUAUGAGAAAUAUCAUUGAGGCAGAAGUGUACAGAAUUCAUUAUAAACGUAUAUGCAAGAAAAUCUUUAGAUGUUUUUUAGAGGAUACAGUUAUUGAACAACAUUUUCGCAUGUAUAAGGAUAUUGUGGAACAAUGGAUGUUGUAUGCUGAACGCAAACUACAAAUGCGCUUGUUUGAAAUUGAGAGGCAGAUAAGCUAUCUUCAGACUUUUUUAGAAUAAAAAUGUUGAAUGUGAAUAGCUACAAUCACAGCAAAAAGUUUUAAGCGAUGAUUCUAAUAAGUACAUAUAUAUAAUAGAUAUUUAUAGAUAUAUAGAACAUAUAGAUUUAUGUAUG